CCCAGACUAAGGACGGACGGACGUCGUUUCGCAACACAGCCUCUCGUCUCGAGUCUCGAAUCUCGAAUCUCGACUCUCAUUCAACCAGCGUCUCUCGUGACCCCCUCCUCCCCACACCCGUGCAGACCGUUCUCCGUCCAAUUAGCGACACUAACGCUCCUUCCAGCCUCGUUUCGUCAGAGCCUUUCUGAUGUACUCAGCUAGUCUAAUCCCGAUCCCAGUCUCGCCGUAGACCGUUUUUAGACCAUUCUCAGUCCGCUGACGCUGACGCUAACGCUAACGCUUGCGCCCGUCCUGCCAUAACCGGCGACUCUGCUCUGUAGCCCGCGCUCCCACUCUUUCCCUGCCCUGCCGUCCAAUGCUCCGGCUAGCCGCUUCCAGGGCGGUUGCCCGAUUCCAAACGCGCGCUUUCGUCACACCCGCUACAGUCACAUCGCUUGGUUCCCGCCUCCGGUUCUGGAACCCGCUCGUUCCGCAAGUGGGGACACACGCGGACCGCCAACGAGAGCAUACUAGCGCGCCGCGGCCGCUGCGCAUGUUGUGCUCAUGGCAGAAGAAGGACACACGGAACAUUGGGGGAAGGGCCAAUGCGCUCAUUGCUGCUAUUCGUGACACGCCAGACACCAAGGAGGACGUGUAUCGUGCUCUAGACGCGUGGGCGGCCUUUCAGCUGGACUUCCCCCUGCUGGCCGUGAAACGGGCCUUGAGGAUCAUGCAGCAGGGGGGGGAGUGGAAGAGAGUACUGCAGGUGUGCAAGUGGAUGCUGGCCCGUGGCCAAGGAAGGACGUUUGGGACGUAUGACCUCAUGAUGGACGCCAUGGCAGCCAUGGGCCGGCAUGCUGAGCUGGACGGCACAUGGGAGCGAAUCAUGGGCCGCCAUCUGGACACGGUGCCACGGGCAACGUUUGCGCGGGUGAUGAGCCUGUAUGCGCAGCAGGGCCGGCCACUCAAGGUGCUUGAGGUGUAUGGCAGUAUGCUGGAGCUGGGAGUGAAGCUGGACGAGGGCAUGGUGAUGCAGGUGCACAAGGCACUGACUGGCAUUGGGGCAACACAGAGAGCAGAGGCGCUGCUGCAGGAGCACCGGAGUGUUCUGACUAGUACACAGGCUGACAAAGGUGCCGUCGACUCUCGAAUGGUUGCGAAAUGACAUGACUGGAGGUGCAAAAGGCCCUGAUUGGCAUUGGGGCCACACAGACAGAAGCAUAGAAGGCAUUGCUGCAGGAGCAUAGAAGUGUUCUUACUUCACCAACUGGGAAUGUUGCCACGGCUGAUUCACAGAUGGUUAGAAGGUGAAUGACAGCAGACAAGCCACAAGCCACAAGCCACAAGCCACAAGCCACAAGGCCCUGAUUGCCAUUGGGGUCACACGGAGGGCACGCACAAAUGCCGCUGCAGAAGCACCGGACCGGACCAGCGCGUUCUUCCUACAGCACAGCCUGCUAGAGGUUACGAUUUACCGUAUGAGGCGCCUAAAAAAUGGACUAAAGCACAGCCUGACGAAGGUUUCAACUCUCUAAUGCUCGCGGGAUGAAGUGAGUGCUGCCGAUGCGCAACACACCUGCAAACUAUCACUAGACUCGGUGGGUCACUGGGGCGGGGCCUC